CGACCCCCGGGCCUCCCAGCCUGGGCGGAUCGACUUGCACCCUCCCAGCCUUCUCGCCUGGCGGCUGUGCAGCGGGUAUAAGAGCUGGCUGACGCCAGGGUCUGAGCCCAGGGUGCUGCCCAGCGGAUCGCGUCGCAGCCAGGAGUGCCGGGCCUGUGGGUGCUCUGGGGAAUGUCCCUGCACGCCUGGGAGUGGGAAGAUGAGGACAGGGCGAGCAUGGGGCCCAUGUCCUCCAUGGGCAGCUUUUACCAGUCUGGCAGUGAGUGGGACACGGAGGAGUACCUGAAGGUCAGAACACAAGCCCCGGAGUCGGAUUCCGACCACCCGUGUAGCAAGUCCUCACAUGGGCCUGCUGACAGCUUCCAGUCUGAUGUGCCCCAGGCUGUCCCCUGCAAGUUCGUCAUCUCACUGGCCUUCCCGGUGACUGCUGGUCAUAGAGGAAAACAUACAUGUUUUAUUGAAAAACAUAGGAAACACUCUCGAAUGGACAAGCAUGCUUCCAAGGCUCGCUGUUACUACCACAUGGAGUAUUUCCUUCUGCCGGAUGAUGGAGAGCCUAAAAAGAUUGACAUGGUGGUGUUUCCAACGGUGGCCAAAUUGUUCCUGGAUUCAGGAGUAAAGACGGUGAGGCCGUGGCAGGAAGGGGACAAAAUCUGGGUGUCAUGGACCCAAACUUUCAACAUCAACAUGACGAAGGAAUUACUAAAGAAAAUAAAUGUUCACAAAAUCACCUUGAAGGUCUGGGACACCAAGGACAAGGUUUCAAGAAAAGUCAGGUAUUAUCGGUUAAAGACUUCUGCAUAUUCAGAAGGCGCAGGAUCUUUUGAGGAUGUGAAAAAUUUGGUUUUAAGUCAGAGAAGAUUGUGUGAAGAGGGCGCACACAUCAGAAAGGAGUGGAACCAGGAGCAUGCACCAGAAAAAGCAGAAAAGGCAGGAAAACACAUAAAGCCUUCGCAUGCAGAGCCUGAAACUUUUUCCAAGAGCUUCGAAGAAUAUGAAAAGGCACUCCGAAUGGAUGAUCUUGGCACAGUUCGAUGGAGUACUUCAAGAGAACCAACUGUUUAUUUGGAGACAGCACCUGGGAUGGAGAUGAAGGAAUUAAUGGAGAGAUCAUUUAGCAGUUUAACAAACAUAGUAGAAAAGCAAAAAUUUCAAAGUAAAAGGAAAGAGUCAGAGGUGAAAAAGAAGAGCCAGAAGAGAAAGAGGAAAUCUCGAGUGGAAGACAGUGACUCCAAGGGGGCAGGAAACUGGAAGCACGGAGCUUUCUCUACCGAACUGGUGCUGAUGCCGCUCCUCGCAGGAUGGCAAACUGUCAUGAGUUGUGGCUGUUGGAAGUCUGCCAGCAUUUUAGAUUGUUAUUUGAGUUUUAAAACAGAAGUUCCUAUCAUGACUGAGGAGCAAAAGCAGGAUUUAAACCCUUUGACCAUAAAGAUCAAGUGUGUUUCCUGCCUUCCAUCACAACCUGUGCCAAUCCAUGAACUAGAGAGGCUGUGCACCCCCGUGUACUGCAAGUACAAGUUCUUUAAGACUCCAGUUCACAAGACGGAGGGGAAGCCCCAUGGAGUACACAUCUACUUCCAGGACAUCAAUGUCAUCUUUCUUGGGCCAAUGCAGCCCAGUGACCUGAGGGAAUACCUGGAGGGGCCCCCCAUGGUUGUGGAGGUUCACGACAGGGACCGCAAGUUAGAAGAGUAUUCCCGGAAGCCCACCCUGUUUGGGGAUGACCCCUUGGAUUCACACCUCAACCUCCGGGCCCUCAUCUCUCCAGAAGAGACAGAGAACAACCCCUUUGAAUCCCAAAACAAGAUAUGGGACCCUUAUGGGGUUGCCAAGGUCAGUUUUGCCGACCUUCUCCUUGGCCACAAGUACUUGAACUUGGUUGUCCCCAUCCACAGGUGUGAGCCCAAGCCCACACACCAUGGCCGGGAUGGCAGGAGCAGGAAGGUUGUGGGGUUUCGGGUCCCCACAGAUGGCUUUCAGCACAGCUCAGUGCCCAUGGGCAACUACCUUGAAGCCAACUCCCAGCUCAAGCUGCGGGUGGACAUUGCAGUGCCACUGCGGGCCAGCGCCGAAGCCCCUGACCCUGAACUUACAGGCACCCUGUUUGGCCGCAUCAUUUUCGUGUUUGACUCCAGAAAGAUCUCCCUCCUCUCCAGCCUGCUACAGGACAUCUCCAUGAUCAAUGCCAAGGCCCUUGAUCUGGACGCCUACUCUGCUGGGAACAUCCAGCAGAUUCUGUCUGCCUUUAAGAUGCACAUGAGGAUCCAGGAAAGGCAGGACCUGGAUGUGCUCACUGGCUUCCACCUGCUGGAUGGGAAGAUCCAUCUUCUCAUUCUGGAAGGUUUGGCUGACCAAGGUUUAAAGCGGCUGUGGGACAGCCAUCAAAGCCGAAACACCAAAGCAGAACACGGGAAAUGCAAGGUGCUCUACAACUCCGCGCUACUGUUUCGCCACCGCCUGUACGCAGACCUGGAGACUGUCCUGUACCAAGUGCACCUCUUCAAGCCGCUGGUGCAGCUCAUGAAGCACUCGGUGCUCUACGUCCGCAACACCGUUCCAGAGAAGACCUUCCAGGCCCUGACCAGGAUCUACUGCAUCUGCUAUCACAGCAGCAAACUCAGGGAGGUGAUCACAGGAGACCUGCUGCCAUCAUCCGCCAUGGUCAAAGACUUGAGCCAAGAGCUGGGGCUGCCCAUUUCGCAAGAAGGCCUCACAGAUGGAAAGCCGUCGGUCUUGCCAACUCCUCCAGCCCCCAAUCUCGAGGAUUUCCGAGGUCAGAAAUCCGACCUCGCUUAUGAGAUCCAAGCCCACCAGGAGAAAUAUCUGCGGUGGCGGAACGCCAUGGCGCUAAAGAACAGAGGCCAGGAGCGCAGCCUGAUCCAGAAAAAUAUUGCCGGGGUCUACCAGGUCGGCAAGAAGCCUCCGAAGUCUGUGGUGAAGGUGAUCAGAAUCGCAGCGCCUGCCAAAGACGCGGUUUAUAACUACAGCAUCCAGACCCUGAAUUCCACACAGCUUGCCAAGAAGGAGCUGUAUCGAGAGAUGGCCAAGGAGCCAAGGAAGAGGUUCACGUACUCCCAGAAUUACCUCUCAGCCAUGGUGGAGCCCCAGGACUCUGAGGAAGAGGAAAAGAAAGCCAAGAAGCAAUCCCGCCAGGCCUGGCUCACGGCCAACGGAUUCCAACUGACAGGUCUUCACAAAAGCACCGAAAGCGACCGUCACAUCAGGCUGCCGCCCGUUGGCAUGGUCACAGAGCUGAACGAGGAGUGGAGGGAAAACACACCGCUCACUAACCUUCUGGAUCGAAGGAGGUGGACGUGGGACCGGCGCCACCAGGACUUUGACCUGUACAGGAAGCCACCACUUUUCUUCGAGCUGCCCCCUUCUCCAGUGCUAAAGCCCAGAAUAGGUAGGAAGACAAAAGGGAGUAGCCCUGUGUCCUGAGCAGCACAGACCUCCUCCUCAGAGCUGACCACCAGUGCGGGCCACGGCCACAACUCAGCAAACCAGCAGCCUCCUGGACCACUACAGGGCUGAGGCCUUUGACCUGCCCAGUCCCUCGCUCCUGAGACUCCUUGACUGGGUCAUGCCGCUCGCUGACACCCUCCUCCAACCACUGGCCUCAUUAAAGUUCAGAGGAUUAAGCGG